ACAUGUGGCCAUUGGCUAAGUGAACAGCGACACCUCAUCGCCUCGCCCUCCUACCACGACAACUGGAACGUGCGAGCCUCAUCACCUCCCGACUCCCCUCCACGCCUUGGAAUGCUGCCUGCGCAGACGCUAACACACACGUUUCCCAUGGCAGCGUCCACGGCCUCGCGCAUCUUCACGCCCUUCCUCCACCGGCACCAGCGGCGCACGAAGGCAGUCGUGGUCGCAGCCGCGAGCCCGCCCGACGCCGAACCGACUCCUGCGACGGCGGACGGUGCAGGGCCGGGGAAGAAGAAGACGGUGGACACCAGGAUACACUGGUCCAACCCCGACGAAGGGUGGGUAGGAGGCAAGGCCAAGAAGGAAGGCGACGGCCGCGGCAGCAGCAAGAACGAGCCGUUGGGAGGGAGGUUCGCGGACCUCAUCAACAACGCGGCCGAGUCUCACUACCAGUUCCUUGGCAUAGCGCCAGAGGCGGACAUCGAGGAGAUCAAGACGGCGUACCGGCGGCUGUCCAAGGAGUACCACCCGGACACGACGACGCUGCCGCUCAAGGUGGCGUCGCAGAAGUUCAUCCGCCUGCGAGAGGUGUACAACGUGCUGAGCAAGGAGGAGACACGGCGGUUCUACGACUGGACACUGGCGCAGGAGGCCGAGAGCCGCCGCCUGCAGCAGCUCAGGUCCAGGCUCGAGGACCCAUACGAGCAGGACAUCAUCAACUACAAACCCGUGCCAGACAUGGUUGACCGCCUCGGCGGCAAGAACAUGAAGCUUAGCGAUCAGGCCAUGACUGCGCUCACCAUCGAUAUCGUUAUCAUCAUCAUCUCCAUCUGCUGCAUCAUCUAUGCUGUUUUCUUCAAGGAGCAGUACUGACAGCAGCAUACCAGCAACAGCAGCAAGGUUGCAGGAGUGUACCAUAGACAGAACAUUAUAGGUAAAUUAACUGAUAAUGCCCUAAGAUUGUCUUUUGGGAUGUUAUCAUGCACUGCAUCAUGUAAUGUCCAAUAGAAUAAGGUAGGAACGACGAUUAUUCAUGGUUUGUUGCCAACAAUCCUAUAUUUGCAUAAUCAAAUCAUAAUUCCAGUAUAAA